UCUGACUAUGACUUUUUAGCCUUUGACUCUCACCUGACUCGGGGACAGUGAGUGUUGUUUAUCUUGUGCUGAGGCGGCUAGACGUCGAAUUUUGCGGUCAGUCCUUGCAUCAGUGAGACCUUUAAAAGCAGCUUGUUGGAGUUUCGUCAGAGGAAACGAGUUAUGCGCAAGCGGGAGAGAUGCGGUGCCCUUGCAGGUUGAUGCCGGCGCCUGUGUUGCUGCUGCUGUUGGCUGCGCUCUCCACAGACGGCCGUGCUGUAAGCAGACUCGGCGGCGGCGGACCGGGACGGGACCCACCACCGGCUCGUCCCCCGGUCGUCCUCAUCCCAGGAGACCUUGGGAACCAGCUAGAAGCGAAGCUGGACAAGCCCACCGUAGUGCACUAUAUCUGCUACAAGAAGACCGAUGACUACUUCACCCUAUGGCUCAACCUGGAGUUGCUGGUGCCUGUGGCCAUUGACUGCUGGAUUGAUAACAUGCGGCUGAUAUACAACUGGACUACAAGGAGCACAGAGGCUCCCCCAGGGGUGGAUGUGAGGGUCCCAGGAUUUGGUCAGACCUACCCCUUGGAAUACCUGGACCCCAGCAAGCGCCCUGUGGGUAUCUAUUUCUUCAGCAUAGUGCAGUCGCUUGUGGACUGGGGCUACACGAGGAAUGCUGACAUCCGGGGGGCUCCAUACGACUGGCGCAAGGCCCCCAAUGAAAACAAGGCAUACUUUGUGGCACUGAGGAAGAUGAUUGAGGAGAUGGCAGAGACAUACGGUGGUCCAGUGGUUCUGAUUGCACACAGCAUGGGCAACAUGUAUACUUUAUACUUCUUGAACCAGCAACCGCAGGAAUGGAAGGACCGUUACAUCAAGGCCUUUGUGUCCCUGGGAGCCCCCUGGGGGGGUGUUGCCAAAACACUGAGAGUUGUGGCUUCAGGUGAUAACAACCGCAUCCCGGUGAUCAGCCCCCUGAAGAUCCGCUAUCAGCAGCGCACGGCCGUCUCCACCAGCUGGCUCUUCCCCUACAACAACACCUGGAGAGAUGAUGAGGUUCUGGUGUUCGCACCUACUGCCAACUACACGCUACGUGACUACAAGCGCUUCUUCACCGAUGUAGGUUUCGAAGAUGGUUGGGCAAUGCGGCAGGACACAGAACCACUGGUCAGUGCCCUGGAGCCACCAGGCGUGGCCGUGCACUGUUUGUAUGGCAGUGGUGUGCCCACACCAGAGGCUUUUAACUAUUCCACAUUCCCCGAUGGGGAACCAGUAGUGAUCAACGGUGAUGGUGACGGCACAGUGAAUUUGCGGAGCACCAUGCAGUGCCGGCGCUGGGCAGGUCGCCAGCAGCAGCCCGUUCGCAUGGUGGAGCUGCCGGGAAAUGAGCACGUGGCCAUGCUGCUUAACACCUCCACUGUGGCAUACAUAAAGAGCGUGCUCUUCUCCCCGUAACACGCUCCCUCACAGGCCACCACAUGUCCACCUCGACCUUCUGAGGUCUCAACCUCAGUGACUGAAAGAAGCAAGUGCCAAGAAUCUCACAAGUCAUUUAUCCUGUGAGAGGCUCCAAUACACAGGACCUCAUCCUUGACUAAUGGUCAGAAGCCGCUUUCACCUAAUUAUGGACGAGUCUAGUUUUGCGUGUGUGUACAUCAGAUACUCAGUUAGGUUCGACUCAACGUAAAUAGAUCAAAGGUGGCUCCGGUUUUGUAAGUCUGUGAUAUUUUGAGUCUUUUUACCAGUUUAAAAAAAACAAAAAACAAAAAAAACUGGCAACUCUUGCAACAUGCUUUUUAUGCUGAACUAUGGAGCUGUUCCGUUUCUGUGAUUGUUGCCUUCGCUGGGCUUUUUUUGCAGUCAGAGCUGCAGCCCCUAGAGGGAGUUUUUGCUGCUCCCUUGUUCUAGGUAGGGGAGUCUGCUGUUUAAUUAUUCUUUGAAAUAUUUAAACUUUUUAGAAAUAUGCUAAAUAAUUGUCUAUUAAGUAAUACUUUUUCAGGUAUAGGUUACAUGCAUUGAGUUCAUGAAGGUGAUGGCUUGACCUGGGGGUUAGAGGUAUUAAAAAUCAGAAGGGGUAGCUGCAACUCUCCUAGUCUUUAUACUGAAAUAUGAGGUAUAUUUUCACAUUUGUGCAAUAAGUUUCAUUUACAAGUGACCCUGUGUCAUCCCUGGCCAUGUGGAGAUGGUGUUUUUUUCAGUGUUCAGUUAGGUCAUUCCCUUUUCUAGCUUCUCUCCACCCUCUGAAGAACUAUGUGUUUGCAAGACUCCGCUGCCAUUUCUCAGUCUUUGUCCUGUCUAUGCAUAUUUUUAUCCAGUGAGUAAUCAGUUAAGCUUGAUUGAUUUAAUCUUGUACCAUGAUUUGAAGUGCAUUCUCUGUGAGACAUUUGUUGUAUGUUUUUACUGAUAAAGAUGUUUGAAUUUAAUCUCCACUUGUGCUGCAUACCAUUACCAGUGUUAAACUUAAUGGUGUCAGAUCAUUGAUGAGUCACUGGAAUAAUUCUGAGAUUAAAAAUUAAAUAAGCAGAUGGAAACCUUUUUGGAAGGAACAACAUUUUGAACAGCUAUAAUUCAUAACCUCAAGUGUAUUUGAAGGAUUUAGAUAAUUUAUUAAAAGUCCAGUUGCAGUUAAUCAACUCCAGUCUUGGUUAAGCUAAACUACAUAGUCCACAGGAAACUCAGGAUAUGAAUGUAGACACUUUGCCUUAUAUAAACACACCAGACAGCAACCAGCUACAUCCUCUUCCCAAAAUUAAAAUUGAGGAAAUGCAGCAAAGCCCAGCGUUUUACCGUUUCCCACUUAUUGGAGUACGUGGGAAGGCAGAGGGUCUAGUCUUAGACACGGUGUAUCAAUAGAAGCUUCUCUGCCAUAGACAGAGUUGUUACUGAUUUUUGCUAGAUGGGUCCUUUCAAAGUGACUUCCAAUCAUUACUUAAGUACCUCACUCAAAGGUACUACAAUAAUUGUAGGAGUGGGACUGAAACCACAAAUAUUCACAAAUUCAUAACCUAAAUGAAUGUUAUCCGCUAACCUAGAUGCUGAGUGUGACUUCUGAUCUCCCCACUCUGUGCACAGUGCCUUUGCUGCACACUCUGCUCUGGUCACUUCCUGUUCAUGGCAGUGUUAUUGCUACAGUUGUGUAUGGUACUACAAUGAAAUACAACUUUGUCAAAUAUUAAGAUGUUUGUCAUUCAUGACCAUUCCAUUUGAAACUAGGUUUAACAGGCAUUUUUCCUCAACCUGACAGACUAGAAUAAAGAGAAAUAUUCAGAAUACAUAUGUAAACUUUAGUACUUUUCAUUCAGU